AUGCGUGCAGCUUCCGUUCUUUUCGGCCUUGCGGCUUCGGCUUUGGCCGCUCCCUCUCUGACGCCUCGCGAGGGCGGAGACCAGUUUGCUCAAGGCCAGCCCAUCAGCAAAGACGGCAAAGGCGGUCGCAUCCUAGGCGGCACCAACAAAGAGCUGGACCUGCAGAACCCCGACAACCUGGGGCAGCAGAGCACUGACGCCGGCGUGGUGCCCAAUUUGAAAUGGAGCUUUUCAGACUCCAAGACGCGCAUUGUCAAGGGCGGCUGGGUGCGGGAGCAGGUCGUCACCGACUUGCCCUCGAGCCACGACAUUGCUGGCGCGCAGCAACACUUGAAGAAGGGCGCUAUCCGCGAGCUUCAUUGGCAUAAAUCCGCUGAAUGGGGCUUCGUCUACAAUGGUAGAAUUACCGUCUCUGCUGUCGAUGAGAAUGGUGUCUACCAAGCCACGGAAAUUGGCUACGGCGAUGUCUGGUACUUUCCGCCAGGCGUUGCCCACACCGUUCAGGGUCUAGACGAUGAGAACGAGUUUCUUCUCAUUUUUGAUGAGACUGAUUUCGACAAGACUGGAACCACCUUCAAUCUCGAUGACUGGCUGGCGCACACGCCCAAGCACAUUCUCGCCAAGAACUUUGGCGUACCCGAGUCGGCCUUCAAAGACGUCCCUGCGGGAAGUCCGUACAUCAUCAACGGAACCGUCGCAACCAAGAACGUGACGGGCGCCGUGACACCCGAGGCAAAGGGCGACGCUUCCUUUGUGUACCGCACUCUGCAACACCCGCCCGAGAAGAUUGGUGGAACCGGCGGCACCUUUUACAAGAUUGACUCGACCAACUUUCCCAUUGCCAAGAAGAUUGCCGCCACCUUUGUGACGCUCAAGCCCGGCGGGCUUCGCGAGCUACAUUGGCAUCCUAAUGCAGAGGAAUGGCUGUACUUUCACAAGGGCCAUGCUACAGCCACUGCUUUCAUCGGCAGCGGUGCGGCUCGCACCUUUGACUUUUCCGCUGGCGACACGGCCGUCUUCCCCACCAACUCUGGACACUACAUUGAAAACACGUCCGAGGACGAGGAUCUCGUCUGGAUCGAAAUCUACAAGUCGGAUCACGUGGCAGACGUUUCGCUCUCGCAGUGGCUGGCCCUCACGCCACCCGAGAUUGCCGCGCAGACGCUCAAGGUCUCUGUGGACUUUAUCGAGCAGAUCAAGAGGGAGAAGCAGGUCCUGAUUGAGUAA